GUCUGAUCAUCUCUCUGUCUUCUUCUACUCAGGUCUGAUCAUCUCUCUGUCUUCUUCUACUCAGGUCUGAUCAUCUCUCUCCAGCUGCUGCGAGGAGAGAUGGAACAGAUAAGGAGGGAGAACCCUAUGAUCUUCAAUAGAGGCGUGGCCUUGACACGCAAGCUGGGCUUCCCCGAUGUCAUCAUGCCAGGUGAGGGCUGGGCUGCUGGAGCUUAAUUCAAUUCAAUCGAAUACAACUUUAUUAGGACAGUCUUAGGACAAUUACUAUGAGGGUUCCGGCGGUACUUCAGACACCUGCGACACACAAGCACAGAAUCAGUAUUUGUGUGGAAGUCAGGCCUGCAGAGUGUGGAUGGGCAGGUGUAAUGUACAUGGUGCUGCACACCUGUCUCUAGUUCAGGGUGAAUCAGAAUAGGACCAGGAGGUUCUUCUGACAAUGUGAUGUCUGAACCCUAUUCUGGGCCCGUCUAUCUGUCUGAAAAAAAUAAUCUCUGUCUGUCCAUCCUUGCGUCCGUCUGUCACGUGCGCUGUUGUGGUUCACAUUCCUCUAGUGGUCUUACUCAAUGGUUGAUGUCGUCUGCACUUUACCCUCAAAUCAAUAGUCCACUCAGCUUCUAAAUCCUCAUUCCAUUAUUGCAUUUCACUAUUGGUUAGUUUGUGUGUGAACAGUCCAGCUGCAGGCUAGAUGUAGAACUGAAAAGAAGGAUCCGCUUCCCAGCUCUCCUCAUUGCGUUACACUCGGGCCCUACUGCCUUCAUUCACAUGCAAAGCUAAUCAGUUCGAAUCCCCCAUGUUGAAGUGAAAUGCCAAUACAUCAAUCGGUCUGGAUAACUGAUCGGUCAGAGAGGCUGGUUCAGUAUUCAUAGAUUUAUGGAUGUUUAAUUUCUCCACGGGAUCGAUGGUUGGUAAGUAGCAGCAGACCUGGGUUCAAAUGGUAUUGGAAAUCAUUUCACUUCAUCUGUGAUUGAUAAAGCUUGCCUGGAUUAAUAGACCAAUAGGAAAUUACAAACCCUGUACAUCUGGCACUCCAGGCAGGCUAAAGCAAACGCUCAAAGUAUUAGAAUGAUUUCAAAUAGUAUUUGGACCCAGGUUCUGAGUAGCAGUAGGGUUCGGCUGACUCAAUCCAAUCUGGGGAUGAAAUAAUGUCUUGCCCUCUGAUUACAUGGAGGGAAACAAAAUAGUGGCAUUCUUUUAUGUGGCUGGCAGUUCAUGAGAGCACUUUAUCUGGCUACAUACUACAAGCCUAGCUAUAGUUGAAUUUAGCUUGGCCCAAUUUAAUUGGUAAGAGUAGUCUCUUUCAACAGCCGUCAUUCUGUGUUUUGCCAUUUGUCAUGUGUUACUGUGUCUCUUUCUGUGUAACCUGGUGUCCAUCUGGCCCCUCCUCCAUGGUGUCCAUCUGGCCCCUCCCCCAUGGUGUCCAUCUGGCCCCUCCCCCCUGGUGUCCAUCUGGCCCCUCCUCCCUGGUGUCCAUCUGGCCCCUCCCCCCUGGUGUCCAUCUGGCCACUCCUCCAUGGUGUCCAUCUGGCCCCUCCUCCAUGGUGUCCAUCUGACCCUCCUCCAUGCCCUCCCCUGCACCAUAGAGAUGGAGGUAAAUUGGUGUAAGUGCCGCCCCUCUGUGACCCAGCCUGACUCUUCCUCUGCAUUGCUCUGUCUGGCUGAUUCCUUGGUUAGCGAUUCAGUGAACCACACUGAGACCUUUAUAACUAAUGCCUAGACCUAAAGAACUAAUGCCUAGGCUUCAGCUGAGCUGGUUAACACUGUCUUGUAGCGUGAAGAACACCAUAGUUUGAAACCCAGUCGUCAUUCUUACGCUGUAAGUCACCCCUACAUGGCCUAUCUACCCUCUAGUACUCACAAGUCAUGCCGGUGCUUCAGUAGUACCUGACCGACUCCGUCCUGCUCCUGGAAAAUAACCAGAAAUAAUCCAUGUUUGUGCGCGUGUGAGCCAACAUGUUUGUGCACGCGUGUGAGCGAACAUGUUUGUGCACGCGUGUGAGCCAACAUGUUUGUGCGCGUGUGAGCCAACAUGUUUGUGUGUGUGUGUGAGUCAUGGGAACGUAAAGCUUUAUUAAUGGGUUCCAAUCUACUAAGACCAAGACACCAUCGAUCCACAAUGGGAUUGCAGCCAUAUGUCAUCCGGUGCUGAGAUGCAGACUGUGGAUGGUGCGUCCCAAAUGGAACCCUAUUCCCUUUAUAGUGCACUACUUUAGACCUGGGACCAUAGGGUUCUAGGGACCAUAGGGUUCUAGGGACCAUAGGGUUCUAGGGACCAUAGGGCUCUAGGGACCAUAGGGUUCUAGGGACCAUAGGGUUCUAGGGACCAUAGGGUUCUAGGGACCAUAGGGCUCUAGGGACCAUAGGGCUCUAGGGACCAUAGGGUUCUAGGGACCAUAGGGGUUCUAGGGACCAUAGGGUUCUAGGGACCAUAGGGCUCUAGGGACCAUAGGGCUCUAGGGACCAUAGGGUUCUAGGGACCAUAGGGUUAUAGGGACCAUAGGGUUAUAGGGACCAUAGGGUUCUAGGGACCAUAGGGCUCUAGGGACCAUAUGGUUCUAGGGACCAUAGGGUUCUAGGGACCAUAGGGUUCUAGGGACCAUAGGGGUUCUAGGGACCAUAGGGUUCUAGGGACCAUAGGGGUUCUAGGGACCAUAGGGUUCUAGGGACCAUAUAGUUCUAGGGACCAUAGGGGUUCUAGGGACCAUAGGGGUUCUAGGGACCAUAGGGUUCUAGGGACCAUAGGGUUCUAGGGACCAUAGGGUUCUAGGGACCAUAGGGUUCUAGGGACCAUAGGGGUUCUAGGGACCAUAGGGUUCUAGGGACCAUAGGGUUCUAGGGACCAUAGGGGUUCUAGGGACCAUAGGGUUCUAGGGACCAUAGGGCUCUGGUCAACAUUUGUGCACUAAAUAGGGAACAGUGUUCCAUUUGGGACGCACCCACAGACGGAGCCUCCCGCCUAGCUUCUCCGGCAUUUAUAUAAACACAUAACUGCGAACAGACUAUGUUACAAUGUCCGUACUAUCUUAACACUUAGAAUGCAUGUCCAAUGCAUUGCUUCAUCCUAAGUGAUAUGCUAGUGUUGAUAUUGGAACAGAGACACGGUCUAACUUGCCAUGCUAUAUUCAUAUUCAUAUUACCAUCAUCAUUCCUAUACAAUCUUUCCUCAUAAAGGGUAAUCUCCUCUGUGCCACGGAUGUUUAUAUGCUUAUGGGUAUACAGUGUAUCUCUGUUUCCAUUUGCAAUCACAUGAGGACUGUGGAUGAGUGAGUGGAGGCUUUUCACAUUCUUUAAAUGGGCAAGGUGGUAUUUGGAGAAGAUUAGAUGGGUUUUAAGGGUGUGCGGGGAGAGAGAGAGGUAAGAGAGAGGGGGAGAAACAGAGAGAGACUGAGUAAGUGAGUUAGAGAGAGAGAGGGGCAGGGGAGAACUAGAGAAAGAGAGAUUGUGAGAGAGAGAGAGAGAGAGAGAGAGAGAGAGAGAGAGAGAGAGAGAGAGAGAGAACAGAGAGAGAGAGAGAGAACAUCACUGUAUAUAUACAUAAUAUGAGAUUUGAAAUGUCUUUAUUCUUUUGGAACUUCUGAGUGUAAUGUUUACUGUUAAUAUUUAUUGUUUAUUUCACUUUUGUUAACUAUCUACUACACUUGCUUUGGCAAUGUUAACAUACGUUUCCCAUGCCAAUAAAGAAAUUGAGAAACCUAGAGAGAGAACACCACGAGAGAACCCCACAGAGAGAGCACACAGGGAGAGCACACAGAGAGAGAGAACAGAGAGAGAACAGAGAGAGAGAACAGAGAGUGAGAGAACAGAGAGUGAGUGAGAGAACCGAGAGUGAGAGAGAGACAGAGAGUGAGAGAGAGAGACAGAGAGAGAGAGAGAGAAAGAGAGAGAUCAGUGAAGGGAGAUUUAAACAGGCUAUAGUGUUCAGUAGUCCAUUUCAGAUCCACGCUAAACACUACACUGCCCUGUUGGAUAAACCCUAAACCCUCAUACUGCCUGUGUCUGCCUGUGUUGUCCAGGUAACAGUUUAGUCUUUGGGAAACUGUCACUGGAGCAGACAAAUGGAUAGAGGUUGUCUCAGCCCGUCACAUUCAUAUAGCACAAUGUAUCGCAAUGUGGCUUCUGAAAAUAGCAAAGCGAGCAUUUUCCCCAAAACUUUCAUAUCUUAUGGUCUAUCUGCCUAUUCUCCUGUGUUUACGAAACAGCCAUAUGGAUGCUCAAUAUCUGAUGUAAGGAUAUCUGUUAUCCUUAUCUGUUGUAUUCAUUAAUAUUGAGGUAUGACAUAAUGUGAGACGGUUAGCAAGUGCCAAUGAGACACAUCUUCCCUGUGACGUUUGGCUUUACCUCGUCUCGUAUUGGUUGAAGUCAAACUCCUGUAUGCACACUCACUACCAAGGUAACUUCCUCUUCUUCUUCUUCUUCUUCUUCUUCUUCUUCUUCUUCUUCUUCUUCUUCUUUCUUCUUCUUCUUCUUUCUGCUGUCUUAAAGGCUUUAUAACCCUAUGCUUUCCUCUUCCUGCGUUUCUGUUGUUUCUGACUGAGCUUGCUAGUUACACUAGUGAUGUUAUUAUAGAAGGCCGUUUGAGGUUUCAAUCCUAAGCAACCUGCCUACUACACGUUGUCUGAAGUACAAUUAGACCAACAUAGCUACUGUAGUAGGUCAAAGCGGUGUGCUGGAAAACCUUGGUGGAGCAUGGGUGGAGGAGGCAUUGUGGUGUACCUUGGUGGAGCAUGGGUGGAGUAGGCAUUGUGGCGCUCAUGUGACUUACCUUUCUUUUUCAGCUUCAGACCAAUGCCUAUUCUCACUUAAAAUGUGUUUAAUAUCUUAGGAGAUGUAGCUAACUGUAGUAAUAUUAAUGUAGUUAAACUGUAGUAAUAUUAUGUAAUAAUGUAGUUAAACUGUAGUAAUAUUAAUGUAAUAAUGUAGUUCAACUGUAGUAAUAUUAAUGUAAUAAUGUAGUUCAACUGUAGAAAUAUUAUGUAAUAAUGUAGUUAAACUGUAAUAAUAUUAAUGUAAUAAUGUAGUUAAACUGUAGUAAUAUUAAUGUAAUAAUGUAGUUCAACUGUAGUAAUAUUAUGUGAUAAUGUAGUUAAACUGUAGUAAUAUUAUGUAAUAAUGUAGUUCAACUGUAGUAAUUUUAAUGUAAUAAUGAAGUUAAACUGUAGUAAUAUUAAUGUAAUAAUGUAGUUCAACUGUAGUAAUAUUAUGUAAUAAUGUAGUUAAACUGUAGUAAUAUUAAUGUAAUAAUGUAGUUCAACUGUAGUAAUAUUAAUGUAAUAAUGUAGUUCAACUGCAGUAAUAUUAUGUAAUAAUGUAGUUAAACUGUAGUAAUAUUAUGUAAAAAUGUAGUUAAACUGUAGUAAUAUUAAUGUAAUAAUGUAGUUAAACUGUAGUAAUAUUAAUGUAAUAAUGUAGUUCAACUGUAGUAAUAUUAAUGUAACAAUGUAGUUCAACUGUAGAAAUAUUAUGUAAUAAUGUAGUUAAACUGUAAUAAUAUUAAUGUAAUAAUGUAGUUCAACUGUAGUAAUAUUAUGUGAUAAUGUAGUUAAACUGUAGUAAUAUAAAUGUAAUAAUGAAGUUCAACUGUAGUAAUAUUAUGUAAUAAUGUAGUUCAACUGUAGUAAUAUUAUGUAAUAAUGUAGUUCAACUGUAGUAAUAUUAAUGUAAUAAUGUAGUUCAACUGUAGUAAUAUUAAUGUAAUAAUGUAGUUCAACUGUAGUAAUAUUAAUGUAAUAAUGUAGUUAAGCUGUAGUAAUAUUAUGUAAUAAUGUAGUUCAACUGUAGUAAUAUUAUGUGAGAAUGUAGUUCAACUGUAGUAAUAUUAAUGUGAUAAUGUAGUUCAACUGUAGUAAUAUUAUGUAAUAAUGUAGUUCAACUGUAGUAAUAUUAUGUAAUAAUGUAGUUCAACUGUAGUAAUAUUUAUGUAAUAAUGUAGUUAAACUGUAGUAAUAUUAUCUAAUAAUGUAGUUAAACUGUAGUAAUAUUAUCUAAUAAUGUAGUUCAACUGUAGUAAUAUUAUGUAAUAAUGUAGUUCAACUGUAGUAAUAUUAUGUAAUAAUGUAGUUAAACUGUAGUAAUAUUAUGUAAUAAUGUAGUUAAACUGUAAUAAUAUUUAUGUAAUAAUGUAGUUAAACUGUAGUAAUAUUAUGUAAUGAUGUAGUUCAACUGUAGUAAUAUUAUGUAAUAAUGUAGUUCGACUGUCGUAAUAUGAAUGUAAUAAUGUAGUUCAACUGUAGUAAUGUGGCUUCCUCAUCUUUAAUACAUCACUAAAACAUCUAAAAGUGGUUUUCUGUGAUUGCUACUUGAGAAGCACACAUGUAAAACACCUCUUACUGUAGAAUCUGUCUGUGAUACAGCUCACCAAUCAAGACACACCGUUUCUCUUACAGACAACGGUUGCUCAUUGUUCCCAGCUUUUUCAAUAUUCAUGGUUAGUGCCGUUCACAACAGCAGCAAAUUCACUGAGCUCUAAGGAAGGAAAGCUUCUCUUAACAAAGCCAUAUCCAUGCAGAAUAUUCAUUGAUGUAGUAUUUAAUAACAGAACGGAGAGAUAGAGAGAUAGAGAUAUUCUACUCUUGGUAAUAUCUCCUUAGAAGUUAAUGUACAAUAUCCACACACAUCAUAGUCCCACAGUCGAUGCCUUGGUUUAAACUCACCCAUAGACAAUGAUGGAUUGAGCUUUUAACAUUCAUCUAAAACGUUUGUUUGGUCAAAAAUGUAUUUAAAAGCAGGACAAAAAAGAGAAAUGAGAACACUGGUUAUUACUGCGGAGUAGGAAGGAGCAGCACAGUGUGUGUGUGUGUGUGUGUGUGUGUGUGUGUGUGUGUGUGUGUGUGUGUGUGUUCGUGUGUGUGUGUGUGUGUGUGUGUGUGUGUGUUCGUGUGUGUGUGUGUGUGUGUGUGUGUGUGUGUGUGUGUGUGUGUGUGUGUGUGUGUGUGUGUGUGUGUGUGCGCGCGCGCGCGUAUUCAUGCAUACGUUUGUAUGUGUGUGGGCAAAUAGGUCAACAGUUUCUAAAAGAUCGAUGAUGCGUUUAGGCAUCUAGCAGCACAUCCAGGGUGUGGUGGAGAUAAGGCAAUUAGCUGAGUGUUUACACAGGGAAAAGGUCAUGUUUUGGGGGGAGGUGAACGAGAGGGAUGGGACUCUGGAGGUGGAAGAUCUGGGUGUAAACUCUACUCUCACAGCCUCUCUCUACCAGCCGGAAUAACUGUUAUCUCAUAGACAGAGAAGGGGGAUUUCUUUCAACAACAAAUAAAAUCCAUAGCAUCACCUCUUACCGGGCCUAUCCACCAGAUACCACUUUGACCAACCGAUCUACCGAAAGUGAAUUAAUUUCAGUCAUUUUUAAUGGUAGGCACGGUGACAACCGAAUGCGACCAAAGUUGAGCAACUUCAUGUAAAUUGGGUGUGUCUGUCUGUAUCCCAGGUGACAUCCGUAACGACCUGUACCUCACCCUGGAGAGAGGAGACUUUGAGAGGGGGGGCAAGAGUGUCCAGAAGAACAUCGAGGUCACCGUCUACGUGCUUUACGCAGAUGGAGAGAUACUCAAAGUAGGUUGUUUUUUCCUGACGACCGUAAAAUGUCAGGCGACCUUACAAAUAUGUUUUAUACACUAAACAAAAUAAUAUAAACGCAACAUGUAAAGUGUUGGUCCCAUGUUUCAUGAGCUGAAAUAAAGUAUCCCAGACAUUUUCCAUAAGCACAAAAAGCUUAUUUCUCUAAAAUGUUGUGCACAGCUUUUUACAUCCCUGUUAGUGAGCAUUUCUCCUUUGCCAAGAUAAUCCAUCCACCUGACAGGUGUGGCAUAUCAAGAAGCUGAUUAAACAGCAUUAUCUUUACACAGGUGCACCUUGUGCUGGGGACAAUAAAAGGCCACUCUAAAACACAAUGCCACAGAUGUCUCAAGUUUUGAGGGAGCGUGCAAUUGGCAUGCUGACUGCAGGAAUGUCCACCAGAGCUGUUGCCAGGGAAUUUACUGUUCAUUUCUCUACCACAACGUCGUUUUAGAGAAUUUGGCAGUACGUCCAACCGGCCUCACAACCUCAGACCAUGUGUAACCAUGCCAGCCCAGGUCCUCAACAUCCGGCUUCUUCACCUGCAGGAUCGUCUGAGACCAGCCACCCGGACAGCUGAUGAAACUGUGGGUUUGCAAAACCGAAGAAUUUCUGCACAAACUGUCAGAAACCAUCUCAGGGAAGCUCACCUGCAUGACCAUCGUCCUCACCAGGGUCUUGACCUGACUGCAAUUUGGCAUCGUAACCGACUUCAGUGGGCAAAUGCUCACCUUUGAUGGCCACUGACACGCUGGAGAAGUGUGCUCUUCAUGGAUGAAUCCCGGUUUCAACUGUACCAGGCAGAUGACAGUGUGUAUGCUGUCGUGUGGGCGAGCGGUUUGCUGAUGUCAACGUUGUGAACAUAGUGCCCCAUGGUGGCGGAGGGGUUAUGGUAUGGGCAGGCAUAAGCUACGGACAACAAACACAAUUGCAUUUUAUCGAUGGCAAUUUGAAUGCACAGAGAUACUGUGCAUUGUAGUGCCAUUCUUCCACUGCCAUCACCUCAUGUUUCAGCAUGAUAUUGCAUAGCCCCAUGUCACAAGGAUCUCUACACAAUUCCUGGAAGCUAAAAAUGUCCCAGUUCUUCCAUGGCCUGCAUACCAGACAUGUCACCCAUUGAGCAUGUUUGGGAUGCUCUGGAUCGACAUGUACAACAGCGUGUUCCAGUUUCCGCCAAUAUCCAGCAACUUCGCACAGCCAUUGAAGAGGAGUGGGACAACAUUCCACAGGCCACAAUCAACAACCUGAUCAACUCUACGUGAAGGAGAUGUGUCGCACUGCAUGAAGCAAAUGGUGGUCACACCAGAUACUGACUGGUUUUCUGAUCCAUGCCCGUACCUUUUAUUUUAAGGUAUCUGUGACCAACAGAUGCAUAUCUGUAUUCCCAGUCAUGUGAAAUCCAUAGAUUAGGGCCUAAUGAAUUUAUUUCAAUUGACUGAUUUCCUUAUAUGAACUGUAAUUCACUAAAAUCUUUGAAAUUGGGGCAUGUUGCGUUUAUAUUUUUGUUCAGUUUAGUUACUUUGCUAAGCUACCAAGAUUUUUUUUACAAUCCAACGUUUUAGUAACAUCUGUCAUGAAGUAUUUGUUUUACUAUAUAUAUAUAUAUGAAACAAUCUAUAUAAUUGUAUGCUGUCCGUGUGUGUCUGUGUCUGUGCAUGCGUGUGUGUCUGUAUCAAUGUGUACUUACCUGUUCUCCUCAGGACUGCAUCAGCCUGGGGAAUGGUGAAGCCCACAUCAGUGAACACCGCUCCUUUGUCCUCUACCACAACAACAGUCCUCGCUGGAGCGAGCUGGUUAAAUUACCCAUCCCCAUAGACCGCUUCAGAGGGUCACACCUACGCUUCGAGUUCAGACACUGCUCCAGUGAGUACCGGCCUGGUCUCUAGAUUCGGACACUGC